AUAGGGAGAGGCUACUAGCCUCAGCAGGAGAUUGACAAUAGGGUGAGUGGUUUCAGCUCUUUCUUCAGAGCCAAUGAUCUGUUCUUGUGUGAGUCUUUGAGAUAAUUUACCCGACUGGUGGCAGCUUGUAGCACACAGCCUUGACGCAGUUCUCUCCUGCUCCUCACGCGGACCACCGGAGCUCUCCCCUUACUCUUCACGCAGACCACCGGAGCUCUCCCCUUACUCCUCGCGCAGACCACCGCAGCUCUCCCCUUACUCCUCGCGCAGACCACCGCAGCUCUCCCCUUACUCCUCACGCAGACCACCGCAGCUCUCCCCUCACUCCGCGCGCAGACCACCGGAGCUCUCCCCUUACUCUUCACGCAGACCACAGGAGCUCUCCCCUUACUCUUCACGCAGACCACCGGAGACACCCAGCAGGCAGGUGCAGUUUUGAAACUGCCAAUCAACCCAAAUGUGAUCCUCAAGGAACCUGUUCAGCAUCAAUGAUGAAUGUUUCCCUCAAACCAGAUGCAAGCCUUUUUGAUCUGUGAAAAAGCAGCCAGUCAAUCACACAUAUUGACUCAAAGGAUAAGCUGUCAAAUGAGUGUCUCCAUUCUGAGGCGGGUCUGGAAGUCCCUGGACAAGAUGAGGUGUUUCCGUAAACGCUCCACCAUCCCCUUCCUGGGAGUCCUGAUCACCUCUCUGCUCUUCCUCAACCUAUACAUUGACGACCAAUAUGUCCUGGAGGCAGGUGAAAGGCAGCUGAGGGAGACCAUGCAUUCUCCUCACUCGGAGAGAUAUGUUCACAACUUCAGAGAUCUCACAAACUUCUCUGGAACCAUAAACAUCACAUACCGUUACCUUGCUGGGAAUCCACAGCCACGAAAAAAAUAUCUAACAAUUGGGUUAUCGUCUGUGAAGAGACAAAAAGGAAAUUACCUCAUGGAGACAAUCAAAUCAAUUUUUGACCAAUCCAGUUAUGAGGAGUUGAAAGAGAUUGUGGUCGUGGUCCAUCUAGCAGACUUUGAUCUUGCCUGGUGUGAGAAUUUAGUGCAAGACAUCUCCAGAAGGUUUGCCCACCACAUCAUCGCUGGGCGUCUCCUAGUGAUCAAUGCCCCUGAGGAAUAUUACCCAUCACUGGAUGGGCUAAAAAGGAACUACAAUGACCCAGAAGACAGGGUGCGCUUCCGCUCCAAGCAGAACGUGGACUACGCUUUCUUGCUCAACUUCUGCACUAAUCUCUCUGAUUUCUACAUGAUGCUGGAGGACGAUGUGCGAUGCUCCCAGAAUUUCCUAACAUCCUUGAAGAAGGUGGUCACCUCCAGGCAAGGUUCCUACUGGGUGAUGCUGGAGUUUUCCAAGCUUGGCUACAUAGGGAAGCUUUACCACUCAAGAGACCUGCCACGCCUGGCCCACUUUCUGCUCAUGUUCUACCAGGAGAUGCCCUGCGAUUGGCUCCUCAUUCAUUUCCGGGGCCUGCUGGCCCAGAAGGAUGUGAUCCGCUUCAAGCCCUCCCUGUUCCAGCACAUGGGCUACUACUCCUCAUAUCAGGGGGUAGAGAACAGGUUGAAGGAUGAUGACUUUGAAGAAGCUUUUGUAGAUCUCCCUGACAACCCCCCUGCCAGUCUUUACACAAACAUUAACGUGUUUGAAAACUAUGAUGCCACCAAGGCUUAUAGCAGUGUGGACGAAUACUUUUGGGGGAAACCCCCCUCUACCGGAGACUUCUUUGUGAUUGUCUUGCACGAACCAACCCAAAUUAGCAAGAUAAAAAUCGUGACAGGAACCAACGAUCGCCAUCUUGAUAUCCUGCAAUAUGGCGCUCUAGAAGUUGGAGAACAGAUUGUGGGAACAAAGAGAGAAAAGCAGUGUUCUUCCUACAUCACAUUAGGGGAGUUUAAAAAUGGCAACAUUGAGGUCCAAGACAUAGACCACAAGAUUGCUUUUGACAUUGAGUGUGUACGUAUUGUGGUGACUGCCAGUCAGAAAGAAUGGCUGAUCAUUAGGAGUAUAAGUUUGUGGACUACACAACCAUUAGGUCAAUUAAACACAGAGGGACCAUAUCAUUUGGACUGACAUUUUCUAAUGAAUUGACCCUAAUAAAGUAUAAGGUGGACGGCUGCACAGUGCUUUAUAUUAUAUUUUACAUUGUGCAUUUGAGAAUUUGAAAGUAAUUUGGUC